AUGUACUUGGCUUCCGAGAUGCCGUCCUCCUCUUUUCAAAGUAUAAUACAUUCUGCUAGUCAGCAGAUCAUCGUAUCGGGGAAUUAUUUGACUUCAUCCUCGGGCCAAGAUUGCUUAUCAGAUCCUUACCUCAACCUCUGGGGAUAUAUUUCGGCUAUGUCAAGUGAUCACAUAGUUGAGAGUGUUUAUCCAACCUCGGUUACGCCGUCAAUGGGUCGCGAUGCUAAGGAGAAAGAUGAAACCGUCGUAUCAGCGGCAUCUGCCAGCGACAAUGAGGAGAAUUCAUCGGGUAUUGCCAAUGAUGAACAUCCCACUGGGAAUGAUAUACCUUUGAAAUGGAAAUUGACUUCAAUUAUCUUGGUUUCAAUGAUUGGUUUUGGCUCACAUUGGAGUUCUGGCAUAACGGGAGCGAUGAAGUCAACAAUUAAGAAGGAGAUGAAAAUCAACAACAAGCAAUAUGCUUUAUUAAGUGCCAGCCAAGAUUUUAUGGUCACAGCUUUAAUGUUGGUGAGCGGUGUCGUUACCGAUAGAAUUGGAGGAGCGGGGGCAAUAUUUUACGGCAACAUCAUCUUUACCAUUGGAUCAGUUCUCAUUGCCGGAGCUGCCCAAACUAGAAAUUAUCAAUUUAUGAUUGGUGGUACAAUUGUUCAAGCUUUUGGAGAUAUAGCCACUCAAGUUGCACAAUAUAAAGUUUUUUCUUCAUGGUUUGCGCCCAAUCAUGGAUUCGCCUCGACUCUUGCACUUGAGUUAGGAAUUGGUAAAAUUGGUGCAUUUGUUGGUAAAUCAUCGGCCAAUAUCAUUUCUCAAAACACUGGGAAUUUCGCAAAUGUGUAUUGGGUCUCAGUAGCCAUGAAUCUCUUCUGUAAUUUGAUGACUCUCGGCUUUUACAUCUUCACUCGUUACGCCAAUAAGAAGUUUCCAUCUACAGCCGAUCCAGCUACUGGUGAAAAGCUCACAGAAGGCAACAAAAGUUUUGAAUUGCGUAAAGUUCUUGAAUUACCCUGGACUUUCUGGGUGGUUUUGUCCUUUUCGCUGUUUGAAACUUCGGUUGCUAAUCUUUUUACUAAUAAUGCAACGGAGAUGGCUGAGCAGAGAUUAGGUGUAUCAUCUGUACGAGCCGGGUGGUACACAUCUGCUGUUCAAUAUGGUGGAUUCUUCUUCGUUCCUCUCAUUGGAAUAUUUGUCGAUAUAUGGGGAAAUAGAAUCACCCUUUUUGCCGUCAUGGGACUUUCCGUCUUAACAUCAAUGAGCGUUAUAAACUGGGCUCCUUCAAUCCACGGUACUGAUGCCGCAUUUGGAAUUUACGCUUUUGCGUAUUGCUUCGGACCAACUUUAAUCGUUGAUAGCAUUCGAACAUCAAUGUGGCAUCAAUCCGUCUUCGGUUCCGCAGUCGCUCUCAAACUCACCCUGAAUAACGCCAUGAGCAUAAUCGUCAACAUAGUCGCCGGCGUAAUCCAAGACUCGGACCACAACUCCUACAACAAAGUAACAAACCUCUACGUUGCGCUCGCCGCCGGCGCCGCCGUCGUCGCCCUCCUCAUGGUCGCCCUCUCCUAUUUCUGCAUCGAUUUCCGCAUUCUGCAAUAUACGCGUAAGCAACGCGUGGCAAAUGGUCAACUGAUCAAUGAGCGCAAAGAACGCUUUCAUAAUAUGAAUGGGGGGAGGAAUCGUAGGGUCUCUAUGUGGUGUUUUGCGGCUUUGGUGGUUUUGGUCGCGGGGUCGUGGUGUGCGUAUUUUUGGGGCGUGGCGACGGGUCAUAAUAAUGGGUAA